AUAUCGCGAGAAAGGAAGCAGCGCGAGAACACGGGUCCAGUCAAGGCAUAGCAUAGCGAUAUUCAUAUUUAGCAACAACAACAGCGACAACAGGGUUUGCGGAGGAUGGUGUUGCUGCUGCGUUAACAGGCUGGAUGCCGGUAUGUGCGGCCGCCUCAGCUCCAGAUGAAACGCCUGGUUGGGAUGAACAGCUCGCCGCCUCGGCUCUCUGGGCGUCUGUCAGCUGAUGAAGGCGAGCCGGCGUGGUGAGGUCAGGCGCUGCAGCUGGUUCGAGGAGCUUUCUCUGCUGCAGCAGCGGAGGAUGUGAGCAGCAGCGAGCCUCGGCGCUGCGAUCGGCUGCAGGUUUAUGGGUCCAGGCUGUGGAUGAGCUGCUGCCUAUUCUCACUUCCUGUCUCUGCAUGUUGAAGCGAUUGGACUGAACUGAGUCGCAGACAUUUCGCAGGAUGAACGGCUCUCUGCUGACUCCGCCCAGUCCGCGGGCCUCUGGCUCCUCCCCCUUACCCCCCUCGCCCUCCCCAUCGCCGCCGUCGCCCUCCCUGCUGCCGCUGUCCUCCAGGCCGCCCCCCCUGGCGCCCCUGGUGAGCCCGUCGGCCCCACCGUCCUCCCUGUCCGACACGCCCACGCCGUCCCCCUCGCCGUCCCUCAGCUGGACCGAAUUCUGUGAGCUCCAUGCGCGUGUCGCUGCCGGAGACUUUGCACGACAUUUCCGGGCGUUUCUUCUGGAGAACCCACACUACAGCGCGGACUCAGCGGCAGCUUUCUGCCGCCGCUUCACUGACCGCUUCAUCCGCCACUUCCAGAGUGAGCUGGAGGGGGCUCUGCCUCCGAGCGGCGCCGCAGGACGCGACGAGAUGAUGAGCUGGGCUCCCCCAUCCGACGCCACCUCCCUGGAAGAGGAGGCGGUCUCGCCGCUGGCAGGACCCGGCCCGGCGCUCCCCCUUCCCUCCGGCGCAGCGCGGGGGGCGUCCAGGCCGACGCCGUCCCGGCUGGUGUUGGAGAACCGCGGCGGCGACCGCUUCCAGGACUCCUACACCCAGGGCCAAGUUCUGCCGCCGUCCUCGUCGUCGUCCUGCUGCUCCUCGGUGGGGGGAAACAACGGGAGGCGGGAGGAGCGCGGUGCCGCGCCGGGCCCCGGGAACGGCGAUGCGCCGGCAGAGGAGGAGGAAGACAGCUGGGUUGGAGCGGCUUCAGCCGGCGACGGCGCAGAGCCCGUCGAUUCCUCUGAGGCGGAUCACGCUUUUCAUCUCCCUCCCUCCUCCGUCACUCCUCCGCCCGACUCCAAAGGCAACGGCACGCCCAACUCCUCCAAGAACAAGCUGAAGAAGCGCUUCUCGCUGCGCAGCGUGGGGCGCAGCGUGCGCGGCAGCGUGCGCGGCAUCCUGCACUGGAGGAGCGCCUCCAGCGACGCGGCGCAGAGCCCGCUGCCCUCCAGCUACAGCUACACUCUGGGCGUUCAGGACUCCGGCGCCGCCAAGAGAAGUGCCGCCACGCAGCCCCCCACGCCCACCUCCUCCAUGCCGGUGUCCCUGUCCAUGCCCCUCUCCCUUCCUCACUCCUCCUCCUCCUCCCUGCCGCCCUCGUCCUCCAGCAGCGCCACCUCGCUGUCUCUCUCCGAGGCGGCGCGCGACCGCCGGCGGAGCAACGGCGAGGGAGGCGAGAAGGACAAGUGGAGCCACCGGCUGGAGAAACUCAGGCUGUCGCGCUCUCCACCGCCCAACUUCACCCAAAACCCCCACCCCGGCUCCAACUCGCUGCCCCCCAGCAGCGCCGCCGCCCUGGGCCCCCCCAGAAAGGUGGGCCGGCUGGUGCGGGAGGGAGGGGUGAGCGUCAGCUCCUCCAGCGACGAGCUGGGCGGGAGCCACGGCUUCUCAGGCUUCUCCUUCGGACUGCUGCAUCACGGCGCCGAGAGCAACAGCACGGCGCCGGGGGCCCAGCCGGGGGCCCAGGCCGCCCCGGGGCUGCCCCUGGCCAGUGGGGGCACCGUCCCCUGGAGGGGGGGCCGCUGGCACAAAUGUCGUUUGGUCCUGAGAGAGAGAGACCGAGAAGGGGGCGAGCGAGGAGAGGAGUACUACCUGGAGUUCUUCAUCCCACCAAAGGCCUCCAAGGCCCGGCUGACCGUUCCCUGCUUCUCCAUUGUGGAUGUGAGAAGCACCACGGCGCUGGAGGUCCCGGAUAAGGAGAACACCUUCCUGCUGCAGCUGGACGGGUCGGCCCAGUAUGUGAUCGAAACCCGAGACGCUGUGCAGAUGAGAGCUUGGCUGAGUGACAUCAGGAACGCCAUCUGCCUCAGCGAGCAGGAGGACGCUGAAGGUGUGUGUCCGGCUUCGUUGGACGUCAGUGGAACGCCAGAGAUCGGCGAGCGUCUUUCACAAGUCUGCUACGGAGGGAUCGGAGGCUCCUCCCCCCUCCUGGAUCCACUUCCUCCAGAACUUCCACCUCGAGCGCCACUGGACGAGCCGGAUGGCAGGAAUUUCGGGGGAGGUGGGGCUGGCCUGGGCACGCCUUUUGCCGAGACGCCAGAAGCGACAGGGUCCUUCCUGUUCUCUGACACGGUGACCUCGGAGGCCGUGGAGCACCCGCUCAGCGAGUGCCAGUGGUUCCACGGCACCCUGUCGCGUCUCAAGGCGGCCCAGCUGGUUCUGGCCGGAGGCCCGGCGAGCCACGGCGUCUUCCUGGUCCGACAGAGCGAGACGCGGCGGGGAGAGUACGUCCUCACCUUCAACUUCCAGGGGAAGGCCAAGCACCUCCGUCUGUCCCUGAACGAGGACGGCCAGUGCCGGGUCCAGCACCUCUGGUUCCAGUCCAUCUUCGACAUGUUGGAGCACUUCCGGGUCCAUCCCAUCCCCCUGGAGUCGGGCGGCGCCUCUGAUGUCACGCUCAUCAGCUUCGUGGGAGCCACGGCGGUUCGACAGCCAGGCCGGGACCGGGCGGGCAGUCGGCCCGCGGCCUGCGACGCCAUCACCACGCGCCAUCCCGACUCUCCAUCAACCCCCAUCUCUGACUGUGUACUCGACCAGCAGACCCCGUAGCCCCCCUCA